AUGGGGAGGCGUCGGGCGGAGGGGCCGCGGCCCGCUGGGGGGUCGCCCGGGCGGAGGCGCUCCUGGCACGCGGCGCUGCUGGCAGCCGCCAUCCUGAGUUCUGGCUUCCUGCUAACCCAAGCCCAGGACAUUCCUGUUACGCCGAACCCAUCGUGGCCAGUAGAAGGACAGGACGUCACUCUGACUCCAGGAGGAGUAUCCAACUUUAUUUUAUGCAGCUGGUUUCGAGGAGUAAACGCUGAGGCAAACCGGAUCUUUACGUGUAGUCCAUCAAGUCCUGAUCCGCAGAACGGUCCAGGCUUUAUUGGGCGGGAAACUGCAGGUCCAAACUGUUCCCUGCACAUCAGGAAUCUGAUGCUGAAUGACACUGGAAUCUAUAUAGUGUCGAAGUUUGCAAGUGGUGGUUUUACAACGGGGCAAGUGCAUAUAGAAGUCUCAGAACGUGUGUCUAAUGUUACCAUCAUCAGUCACCCCACCAAGGCCAUUGAAAGCCAGUUCACCAUGCUGAGCUGUUCUGCUGAAGGCACCAAUGUUUCCUACAUCUGGUCAAAAGGGAACCAGAUACUGCAGUCAUCAGGGCACAUCUCUGUGAGUAACAGCAGUCUCACAUUCAGCUCAACCAGCCGGAAUGACACAGGAAACUACACCUGCUAUGGACAUAAUAGUUUCUCCAACUCAAGCACCACCUACCUGCUGGAUGUCUUCUAUGGGCCUGAUGUGCCGGUAAUCAGCCCUCAGCAGCACCAUUAUGCGGAGGGCUCCAACCUCACUCUCCGCUGCUACGCUGACUCCCAUCCACCACCACAAUACACUUGGUACUUUAACGAGGUUGAACGUCCCGAGAAGAGCCCCCAGCUUUCGAUAACUAGUCUGUCCUUUGACGAGGCUGGGAAUUACAGCUGCAAUGCUUCCAACACUGAGACUGUCCUUUCCAACUACACAAGUUUGGAGAUCAAGGUGUUGGAGGAAGUUUUUAAUGUAAGCAUUGAAGGUCGUUCUGAAACCACUGAGAAUGGUUCAGUGACCCUCAGUUGCAGCUCUAAGGGCAGUGAGGUCUCAUACACGUGGUUUAAAGAGAGCCUGACUUUGGAGGACGGAGGCCACAUCUCUCUCCAGGGCCCUAAUCACGAAAACCUCACGUUGAGCCCAGUCCGACGGUCUGAUGCAGGUUCCUACACUUGCCGUGGGAUUAACAACGUCAGUGAAGACACCAGCAACCCCUUCCUACUGAACGUGUUUUAUGGGCCAGAUGACCCCAUAAUCAGCCCUCCGAAGCAUUAUUAUGUAGAGGGCUCCAACCUCAACCUCACCUGCCGAGCUGACUCCAAUCCAGUUGCUCAAUACACUUGGUUCUUUAAUGAAACGAAAGAAGUUGGGAACGGCAACGUGCUCUUGAUCCCUGACCUGUCUUUUGACGAGUCUGGGAAUUAUACCUGCAAUGCCACUAAUGAUAUGACUAACAUACCCAGCGCUGCAAUGUGGGAGAUCCAAGUGCUAGAAAAGCUGUCCCCACCAAUUUUGUGGCCUACAGAUUUAUCUGUGAAAGAACACACGAACGUCACCUUAAACUGUAACACUUCUGAACACUCCAGUGUCAACAUCUCCUGGUUCAAGGAUGGGAAACCCAUCCCAGUACUUUCCGAGCAGAUCCGAGUCCUCACCUUUCCUGACAUCAGCAAAGACGAUGAGGGGACCUAUACAUGUGAGGCCGGGAACCGUGCCAACAGCGCCAAGAGCAACCCUAGUAAAAUAGCCGUGGACUCUCCGUUUGUGGACCCAGGCCUCUCUGCAGGGGCCAUAGUCGGGAUUGUCAUUGGGUGCCUUGUCGGAGUUGUGCUCAUUGUCGCUGUGCUGUAUUUUGUGUUAAAGAAGACCACCUUGGGGAGGAUGGAGCAGCACUCAUCCAAUGGAAACAUACCCUCUGCACCCGGCCAAAACCAGGGCGUCACUGACACGAAACCCAUGGCGGGCGAAGAGGACAUACAGUAUACCACACUAGCCUUCAACUCCAACAGUCCUUCUCAGCCAAGCCUGGGUCCCACCGUUCCGUUGGAGAGCAGUACAAUUUACUCAGUAAUCAAAAAGAAAUGA